AUAAAAUCUCCUAAAAGGCGAAGUUCAAGAAAAUGAGAUGAAAAUGGAGGAAAAGAGUAGUAGCAGCGUCAACAACAACGACGGAGUUAAGUUCGGGAUAGAAGAAGCAUGGAAGUGGGUUCCAAGUGGAACCCACUGGUGGUGGGUCAUAGCUAGCGCCGCCCAAUUAGGGUGGGGAAUUAAGUCUUACAAAAAAGGGUUUACCGGAGAUUGCCGGUUUAUGCCGGCCAGAGCUUUCGGCGUUGCCUCUCUCUUCGUCGGCGCCGCCGCAACCGCCUCCGUUUCCGCCCUUAGCGCCGCCGGCAUUCAUAAUGUGGAGGAUAUGAAAGAAGCUGGUGCUAAUAUUAGGACAGACUGGGCGUUCCUCCUCGAAACAAGGCCAAAGAGGGUUUGCAAAAGAUGGAGUUCCGCAACACAUACAUACAAUACAACGAUACACACCCUACAUAACACAAAAUCAUACGCAAGAAUCAUGAGUUCCUCUGCUCAACAGAAGAACAUCCCUAAAGGUCGUAUUCCUGUCGACCCAAAGGAUCCAAAGAUCCAAGAGGUUGCUCCUUGGGCAGUUGCUGAGUAUGACAAGGAACAGGGGAAACACCUGGUGUAUGUGAGGACUUUAAAAGCAGAACGAGAAGAUAUGUGUGGUAGCACGAGGUACUUUAUUGAUCUGGAGGCAUCUGAUGAUUGCAAGAUUAACAAGUAUUAUGCGCAAGUUCUUGAAAUAGUCUGUCAAACCCCUACUAAGAAGCUUGAAGAGUUCAAGCAACAAGGAAAUGCACCCAUCCCAGUUGCAAACUAAUCUUCAACAACAAAUAUGCAGGGCUAAGAAGCCAUUUUUGGUGUGCUUAUAUAAGUUACAUCAAAAUAUAUUUCAAGUUCUAUAUUACUACGUAUGUAUUAUGUACUAGUGAAAUAAACAAGUCUUGGAUGACUUGAUUUAUGCACUAGUACUACUGUGUAAUACUAUUAUUACCUAAAUAAAACUGUCAGUGGUUGGAUCUUAAUCGGAUCUA